AUGCCACAAAAGAGCCAGCAACGCAAAUACGUCUCUCGCGGCGAGGCACGGCGUGAGGAAGCCGAGCAGGAACUCUGCUCACUUGGUAACCAGGACCAAAUUAAGGAAAAGAAGCUGCACAAUAAAGAGGCGGUGGAUGACAAGGAGCAGCUUUACAAGGAAGUCCUCCGCAGCCGCAAGGAGGAAAGGUCCAAGUGGAAGGAGCAUAAGAAGAACACGGAGAAACCGCUGGAGUCCAGCCCCGUGGAGGUGAAGGUCUCCACAGAGAACAAAAAGUCUCCCCUGGUGGCCAAAGAAGACGAAGACCUCCAGACAGAGCAGCUGGACCAACCCAAGCUGGAGACAGCUGACGUCAAAAGGCUGCAAGACCUGGAGCAGAUGAACAAAACCCUCCAGGAAGAAAAGGCACUUCUGAAAAAGGAAAAGAAAGAAAUGCAGGCAAAAAUGGAAAACCUCGAGAGGCAGAAUCAGGACCUGGAGAUGAAAAAGGACCUGAUAGAGGAAGAGUUGGCAAACCUGCAGCAGGGAGGCAGGGCGUUUCGAGAGGUGCCCAAAGAAACUCGCAGGGUGAUCAUGGAACUGCGGGAAGCCAACAAGGAAAUCUAG